CGAUCUAAACACCCACUUACCUGUUAAGGGCACCAGUCUGCCUUUAUUCCUCGAGAGAAAUCGAAACCCUAAAUAGAGAUUCAUCUUCUUCCUUCUACAACCUCCGUCUCCGCAGCCAUGACUAAGCGUACUAAGAAGGCCGGAAUCGUUGGAAAAUAUGGAACAAGAUAUGGUGCCAGUCUGCGAAAGCAGAUCAAGAAGAUGGAAAUCAGUCAGCAUUCCAAGUACUUUUGUGAAUUCUGUGGAAAGUAUGCCGUGAAGAGGAAGGCCGUCGGAAUUUGGGGAUGCAAAGACUGUGGCAAAGUGAAAGCUGGUGGUGCCUACACAUUGAACACCGCUAGUGCAGUCACUGUGAGAAGUACCAUCCGAAGGUUGAGGGAGCAGACAGAAAGUUAGAGAGCUCAUCAGUCUUUUGUCGUUAAAGCUUCUUUUUUGUUCUUGAAGAGUAGCUGUUUAUCUAUCUUUUUUGUUUUGAUAUUAGUAGCUUGACAUGGUUAUCCUACAUUUCGCAAUUUAGAUGUUCAUGGCAUAUAUGGUUACUCUGAUGAGAUUUUGAAGACUUAUGUCAGCUUUUCAGCACAUAUUUGUCUCUUGUGCAUGCAUGCUUUAAGAUUUUCCUUUUCAACCUGUUAUCUUCUUUGUAGUUUCAAUUUAGCACAUUUCCUUGCCUAUGGUGUCUGAGCUUGGGAGGCAGUUGGGUCACUAUUAGAGAGUUGUACGACUUGCCAGUCCAGAUAUUAUUCAAAGCUUAUUGGAUGCUGAUUUGAGUUUUA